GACAUACCAUAAAUCAACUCUUUGAUACUACAAAAAGGAGGUUCGUAAAUUCGCUCAGCAUGCGACGUGGAAUUUUAGCUUCGAUUUUACACACGGAGCAAGAAGAAGAAGGAUUGCAAGACUCAUAUUCAGUUAUCAUUUACGAUCCUCCGAAACUAACUCCCUAAUCCCAAAUCACUCUCUUCAGAUUCAAAUUCGCGCCAACACUACCGAACAUGGCGGACACCACUUUCAAUCUCCUCCACAAUUUCAAAUCAAACAGGGAUUCUUAUGGGUUUGCAUUAAGGCCUCAAUACGCACAAAGAUAUAGAGAGUAUUCCUUAAUCUACAAGGAAGAAGAAGACGAAAGGUCAGAUAAAUGGAGAAGUUUCAUUGAACAGAUAGAUAAAUCAUCUCAAGCAAGUUCUUCUGAGAACAAACAUAAAGAAACAUUGAAAGUUGAAAGUAGUGAGGUCAAAGAAGAGAAAAAUCCUCAUAGGGUAAGUAAUGGGGAUUAUUUGAGUAGCAGGAUUUUUUCUGAAUCUGCGGGGGUAGAAGAGACAAAUGCAGACAGAAUUGGUGGGGGAGAAACUGAGAUAAAAGAAGGUGACUCAAGUAGCAGGACGUCUUCUGGAGAAACUGAGAUAAAAGAAGUUACUGGUUUGGGGAAGGCUAGCGAAGGUGAUUCAAGUAGGAGGGAGUCUUUUUCUGAUUGUUCAACAAGAAAUAAUUCUGCAAAGGAACUGCACCAUUCAGAAAAAAGCAAGACACGUAAGGUUCAACGCUGGGCUGAAAUUAGGCCAUCUCUUAGUACCAUUGAAGAAAUAUUGAGCUCUCGUGUCAAGAAAGGAAAGAAUAUGAAAGGUGAGAAGAUAAAUGGUAGUGAUGUCCACUUUCCAUCUAUAGAAAAAGCAGAACCUGUAGAAGGGGAUCCUAAGGAAGAUAUUCAGGGAAAGGUCCGCACUAAUGAGAGUCUAGAUGGAGGUAAUGGUUCAAGGGCGGAAAAUUAUUUAAUGGAUCAUGACCUGCCAGAACUUUUCUCCCCAUGGAAGCAACUGGAGCCCCUUAUUCAGGGAGGAGUCCCCAAGGAUCUUAGAGGAGAGGUCUGGCAAGCCUUUGUAGGUGUGAACACACGGCGGGUGGAGCGCUAUUAUGAUGAUCUUUUAGCUCAAGAAACUAACGGUUGUGAAGGCAAGGAGCAAGAUGUUCACUCCGUUGCAUCAGGGAAAUGGAGAAAGCAGAUUGAGAAGGACAUACCGCGAACUUUUCCAGGUCACCCUGCUUUGGACGAAAAUGGCAGAAAUUCCUUGAGGCGUUUACUGCUAGCAUAUGCUCGACAUAACCCCUCUGUUGGAUACUGUCAGGCAAUGAACUUCUUUGCUGGUUUGUUGCUGCUUCUUAUGCCAGAAGAAAAUGCCUUUUGGACCUUCGUUGGAAUUAUUGAUGAUUAUUUUGAAGGCUACUAUACGGAAGAAAUGAUAGAAUCCCAGGUGGACCAGCUUGUUUUUGAGGAAUUGAUGCGUGAAAGAUUUCCUAAACUUGGUUCGUAUUUAUCAUAUUUACUAUCUAGUAUUUUUCUUAUAACUGUCUCUGAAUCAGCUUGGAUAGCAUUUUUUUAUUCUACGAAUGUUUUUUGUGCAGUUAAUCAUCUAGAUUACUUGGGAGUGCAGGUAGCAUGGGUAUCUGGGCCGUGGUUUCUAUCAAUCUUUGUAAACAUGAUUCCGUGGGAAAGUGUUAUUCGAGUUUGGGAUGUUCUGCUAUUUGAAGGGAAUCGUGUUAUGCUAUUUCGUACAGCACUGGCUCUAAUGGAAUUAUAUGGUCCUGCUUUAGUUACAACAAAAGAUGCAGGUGAUGCAAUUACUCUAUUGCAAUCACUUGCUGGCUCGACAUUUGAUAGCAGCCAGCUUGUCUUUACUGCUUGUAUGGGUUUUCUAGCUGUGACUGAGGCAAGAUUGCAGGAACUGAGAGUAAAACACCGCCCAUCUGUAUUAGAAGUUAUAGAAGAGAGGUCAAGGAAAGGACGAGUUUGGAAAGAUUCCAAGGGUAUUGCAACAAAAUUGUAUAGUUUCAAGCAUGACCCAGGGUCACUGGUGGAAGAAAAAAAAGAUAAUGACAAAGGUGAUAUGGUAGCUGAUAAGGAUGUGCAGUUGGGCUUGGAGUCCCAUUCCUCUAACUUAGAUGAACUGCUUGAUAGUCUCAAUAUUGAUUCCAAAAUGGAUUCCCUACCUGAUCUCCAGGAACAGGUAGUUUUGUUGAAGGUUGAGAUGUGCAGAUUGCUGGAGGAGAAAAGAUCUUCCAUACUCAGAGCUGAAGAACUAGAAACAGCUCUAAUGGAGAUGGUGAAGGAAGAUAAUCGUCUGGAGUUGACUGCGAGGGUUGAGCAAUUGGAGCAUGAGGUAGCCAUCUUACAACAAGCCCUUACCGAUAAACAAGAACAAGAAGCUGCCAUGCUGCAGGUUCUAAUUCGGCUAGAGCAAGACCAAAAAGUUACUGAAGAUGCCCGCAGAAGAGCAGAAUCAGACCUUGCAACUCAGAAAUUGGAAGUUCACGUGCUCCAGGAAAAGUAUGAUAAGGCCACAGCAUCAAUUGCUGAGAUGCAAAAGCGAGUUGUUAUGGCAGAAAGUAUGCUGGAGGCUACCCUUCAAUAUGAAUCUGGUCAAUCCAAAGCGCUUGCAUCUCCAAGGGCUGGUCGUGUAGAAAACCCUUCACGGAAGAUUGGUCUUCUAAGUUUUGGACUUGGUUGGCGUGACAGAAACAAGGGCAAAAAUAACACCGAGGAAUCUACCGAAAGUUCACCUGACAAUGUCUCUCCAAAAAAAGAAUCCAAUAUAGAAGAACAACAAGGUAGAUAGAACAUGCAGGGCAGUGCUGAUCAGACCCACAACCCGGUUCUUUUCUGACAAUUUUUUAGUUGUUGCCUAUUCCUGAUCAUUACUGCUCAAUUUUCUCUGUGUAUCCCCCUUCCUUUCUUCAGGAACCAUUGUAUUCUACUAAACUAAUGUCCAAUGUAGGAAUUGUUUUAAGUGUUGAUAGAUCAAUUAGGCGUAGAAACUAGAAAAAUAUAUUUUUGGCUUUGACACCAUGGUCCAAUAAUUUUGUUUUGCUAAAUAUAGUAGGAAAAAUAGCCAUCAACUGGUGCUAUCAGUUUCUGGUUUCUGCUAGGUAAAAGAUGUUCUGCUGCUACGAUGUAUCCACCUUUGUUAAGUGUCUGUGCAUAUUGGUUUACUAAACCAAAUUAUGUAACUAAAAAUAUAUAUAAUCUUGGUUAACAACGAUUCUUCUAUAUCCAUGUUCUUGUCAUGUCGCUUCGAAAGAGUUUGUGCUUCUUAUGUUCGAUCCAUAUUCAUUAAACGUUGAAAUGUAAGAAAAGAUGAAAUCCAUUUGUUUAUAUGGAUAUGAAACUGCUGUUAGUGCUAGCAAGUGGAAGGUCUCAGGCAGUAGUCGUGGCGGCCUUGGCCGGAUUGGGGAGUUAGUGCAGAUGCCUGGCAACAGCGGGGGCAAUGUCAGAUAACGGCUAACAUCAAUGGUAAAAGUUGUGCAGGUGGCAGUGACGGAAGGCAUUGUGCCUAAGAAUGACAAAGUGCAGGUUAUAAUACACGUCCUACUGAUUUGAAGAUAUCCUCUCACCCGAUUCAUACCUUGGGCACCAAUGUUACUAUUCCUAAUGUAUCUAAAUACUCGAAAUUAUCUGUACCAAAUAAAAAAAAAGUAAGAAAUCGGCAUUUUUAAUUAAAUUAAAAUUAAUUAAUUAAAAA